AUGUCUAUAUUGACCUCACUCUGGGGCUCCAAGGUGACAGAAGGGACUUUUGGUGCCUUUUUAGCAAUCGAGGUUGCUUUGGGCGUCCUCGCCAUGAUUACAAUCAAGGCCCAAGAACCCCCUCCCAUCUCUCUUUCCCGUCACAAUAGCAUGGUUGUCAAGGACGCGACUCCAAAACGCCGCAGGUCCUGGGUACCAACGGAGAGUCUACUUGCGACCAAGAGCAAGACAUCUCAGCCUACGUUCGGUACUCCAUCCCUUGUUGGGACUGUUGCUUCGUCCUCUUCAACUGUGGAAGAGAUGGAUUGGACCCCCCAGUUUGGCACUCUGUCGUCCGAGCUUGAGCCACUUGUCUCCGAGUCUUUGAACUCUGAGCCAACUGGACUGGAGAACCUCCUUGCUGGAACCUCGUUGAUAGGAGAGCCAACGUCUGGGAAUACUCGUGGUGCUGAUACUACGGUCACGAAGAAUACACCAGAUCUGCUUCAGUGGAUACGGCGACAGGACAUAUUCGUCAUGGGUGGCGUCACAAUCGCAAUUCUCGUCCUACUCCUCAGCGCCAUCCUUCCAGCGUGGCAAGUUCAGCAAUCCGCUCUCUGGGAUCCCAGUUGGGACUGGACACAUUUUGAGACGAGCGAGACAAACACCCCACUUUCGAUGCCUACGCAAAAUGCCUGGGACUCUUCCGGAUCAUUCUGA